AUGCCGGCGGAUAAAAUUACACGUAUUGCCAUUAUCGAUUCGAAUAAAUGCAGGCCGAAGCGAUGCGCUCAGGAAUGUAAAAAGUCAUGCCCAGUCGUGAAAAUGGGCAAGCUUUGUAUCGAGGUCAAGUCAACGGACAAGAUCGCGUUUAUAUCUGAGGUCCUAUGUAUUGGAUGUGGUAUUUGCGUCAAGAAGUGCCCAUUCGAAGCUAUCACCAUUAUAAAUCUUCCUACCAACCUCGACUCUGAGGUCACGCACCGUUACACUGCCAAUUCGUUUAAGCUUCAUCGUCUUCCUACCCCACGCCCAGGACAGGUCCUCGGUCUUGUUGGAACCAACGGUAUCGGAAAGAGUACGGCAUUGAAAAUUCUCGCCGGGAAGCUUAAGCUCAAUCUAGGAAGAUAUGAUGAUCCUCCGGACUGGGAAGAGAUCCUGAAAUAUUUCCGUGGCUCAGAACUUCAAAAUUACUUUACCAAGGUCCUUGAAGACAACAUCAAGGCCCUAAUCAAGCCUCAAUAUGUCGAUCAGAUUCCUCGCAUGAUCAAGGGAAAAAUGAGCGUGUCCAAGAUGCUUGAUUCCAAACUCGAGAGGGACAAUAAAGAGGAGAUGUGUCGUCUCUUAGAGCUCGAGAAAGUCUUGGAACGUGAGGUCUCUCAGCUUUCCGGUGGAGAGCUCCAGAGGUUCGCGAUUGCCAUGUCAUGCAUUCAAAAGGCAGACGUGUACAUGUUCGACGAGCCGUCCAGUUACCUUGAUAUCAGACAACGUCUACAAGCUGCCCAGGUUAUUCGUGCGCUCCUCACACACGACAACUAUGUCAUCGCUGUCGAGCAUGAUUUGUCCGUGCUGGAUUAUCUAUCCGACUUUGUCUGCUGUCUCUACGGCAAGCCUUCUGUUUAUGGUGUGGUUACUAUGCCCUACUCGGUCCGUGAAGGAAUCAACAUAUUCUUGGACGGGUUUAUUCCUACUGAAAACCUUCGUUUCCGAGAGGAGAGUCUUUCUUUCAAGAUGGUUGAGAACGCCGAAGAACUUUUGCUCGAAAAGUCUCGGCACUACUCGUACCCAUCUAUGAACAAAACUCUGGGCUCUUUCAAACUCUCCGUCGAAGCAGGUGACUUUACCGACUCUGAAAUCAUCGUCAUGCUUGGAGAAAACGGAACCGGAAAGACCACUUUCAUCAAACUUCUUGCUGGAGACGAACCGGACGAGAAGACCAAAUCUCUCAGUCUCAACGUGUCGCUCAAACCCCAGAAAAUUGCUCCCAAGUUCCCGGGUACCGUCCGCAUGUUGCUUCUCAAGCAGAUCAAGCAGGCCUUUAUGCACCCUCAGUUCAACACUGAUGUUCUCAAGCCAAUGCAGAUUGAGAACAUUAUGGAUCAGGAGGUCCAAACACUUUCUGGUGGAGAACUGCAGCGUGUUGCCAUCGUCCUGUCCCUUGGUAAACCGGCUGAUGUAUACCUUUUGGAUGAACCUUCUUCGUUCUUGGAUUCCGAGCAGCGCAUUAUUGCAAGUAAGGUUAUCAAACGCUACAUCCUGCAUGCGAAGCGAACUGCGUUUAUCAUCGAGCAUGACUUCAUCAUGGCGACCUACCUCGCGGAUCGCGUUAUUGUAUUUGGAGGACAACCAGCCGUGGCUGCCACUGCAACCCCACCUCAAUCUUUGCUGACCGGGAUGAAUAAAUUCUUGGCUUCACUCGAGAUUACUUUCCGACGAGACCCUACCAAUUAUCGACCCAGGAUCAAUAAAUUGAACAGUGUCAAGGAUAAAGAACAGAAGGUUUCCGGGAACUACUUCUUCCUUGAGGAGUGA